CUUCUCAUUUGUCUCCUCUCUCAUUCGCAGCACACAGACAGGGAGAUGGUGUCGCUCAAGCUCCAGAAGCGGCUUUCCGCCAGCGUUCUUAAGUGCGGGAGGGGCAAGGUUUGGCUUGAUCCCAAUGAAGUGAACGAAAUCUCCAUGGCUAACUCUCGGCAAAACAUCAGAAAGCUUGUCAAGGAUGGUUUUAUCAUCAGGAAACCAACCAAGAUUCACUCACGAUCUCGUGCUCGCCGGAUGAAGGAGGCCAAGAGAAAGGGCCGUCACUCUGGAUAUGGUAAACGCAAGGGUACAAGGGAGGCAAGGUUGCCCACAAAAAUACUAUGGAUGAGGAGGAUGAGGGUGCUGAGGCGUUUGCUCCGCAAGUAUCGGGAAUCAAAGAAGAUUGACAAGCACAUGUAUCAUGACAUGUACAUGAAGGUGAAAGGUAAUGUGUUUAAGAACAAACGAGUAUUAAUGGAGAGCAUACACAAAUCCAAGGCUGAAAAGGCAAGAGAGAAGACCUUGUCCGACCAGUUUGAGGCUAAGCGAGCAAAGAAUAAAGCAAGCAGGGAAAGGAAGUUUGCUAGGAGAGAGGAGCGUCUCGCCCAGGGACCUGGAGAGAGAGCACCUCAGCCCCCAGCAGCGACAGCAUCUGCACCUCCAGCUCAACCAACUCAGGGUUCUAAGAAAUCCAAGAAGUGAAAUCUGCACCGGAGAGCAUUAAGGAUUGAGGCUUUAUAUCGUUAUAAUGCCCUCUUACCAUAGAUGCCUAGUUUUUUUUUUUUUUUUUUCCACCUUAUAUGUUCUAUAUUUUUUUUUCUUUUCUUUUGAACUGUAUUACUUCAUAUCUUAGGAUGAAGGCUUAAAAUUCUGAUGCUAUGGUAACUGUACUUUGUCUUGUUCUUUUGUUUGUUGUGUUUAAUUUUUUAGUUGGAUUUGGUUGCUUAAA